CGCUCCCGGCCAUUCACUCUUGAUCUCUCUCAUUUUCUCUCUCCAGCGAAAUAAAUCAAGCGGGAACUGUUCAUCGUCUUCCACAUCUCGACAGAGGCGGUGAACCAGCGGCGGCAAUCUCUCCCGCUCCCGGCCAUUCACUCUUGAUCUCUCUCAUUUUCUCUCUCCAGCGAAAUAAAUCAAGCAAGAACUGUUCAUCGUCUUCCACCUCUCGACAGAGGCGGUGAACCAGCGGCGAUUCCCUCCCCUCCGGCAUCUCUCCUCUUCCAUUUCGUCAUCCUCUGUGUUCCUCUCUCUUGCUCCCUCGCUCACUUCCUCCUUCCAUUGCCUCCCAUCAAUACCAACCGACCGAAUCGACCGAAAUCGUGCAAAGCGAGAAAACUGUUCAUCGUCUUCCUUCUUCGACGAAAACAGAGAAGCAGCGACUGAACAGCUCGAACCAGUUGUAGCAGCAAGAAAUCCCUCCCCAUUCUGACUCAGCUCCUCUAGCUCUCACCUCCUUCGUCUUCUAUUCCGUUUCAUUCUCACGCUAGAGUAUACACAGUAGCAGAUCGAAUCAGACUACGGGACCCCCUGUUGCAUCAUUUGAAUUUCGGCCAACAUCUCAACUCAGGGGGAGGUUUUGUAUUUUACCCAGUUUAAAAAAGGAGUAUUGAAAAAGGAAACGGGAAGACAAGCAGAGUGAGAGAUGGUGGAGCAAGAAGAGCUCGUAGAGGCAGAUAGUCCAGAAGCCAUCAUCAUUGCAAUUGAAAACAAAUCCCGGAAGAUCGACACCUUACUGAAACAGUCUAAACCAGUUGAAGCCCUCAAAACAGCUCUCGAAGGAUCACCUCCCAAGAUCAAAGAUGAAAGAUGCAAGUCUGCAAGUUGGAUAGUUGUCCAUCGUGCAAUGAUGGGUAUAAAAGAUGUUGAUGGAUUGUUCUCCUCUUUGGAGCCGGAGUACUACGACAUUCUAAUGAAGUAUUUGUAUAGAGGUUUGGCUACUGGAGACCGCCCCACAUGUGAUCAAUUCCUUCGGAUCCAUGAAAAACUAACAGAGAAAGCUGGAUUGGGAUGCAUAUUGCGUUACCUUGCUGACACCGUAAAUAUAAUUUGAUAUCUAACCACUUGACCAUUUUAAAGUUGUAGAUAAGCAAUUAUAUGUGGUGAUUGGUAUCUGCCCUCCAACAGUUUUAGUUAUGAAAAUCUCUCUUUGGUUAAUUGAUACAUUCCAUUUUUGUUAAAACCAAGGAUUAAAAUAUCACAACAUAUCGUAUUGUAUCUUACGUA